AUGUCGCCCGUCAGGUUCAACACAUCCGGGACGGUCACGGUUGAUGAAUUUUCGGCAAUGACUCGACUCAUUGGGCAGGAGAUGCGAUCCAUCCCCUCUGUCGUCAUUGAGAUACUCCGUUCAGUGAUCCUAGCGAGGAUUGCUCAUUGGGAUGGAUUCCAACAAUACACCGAGGGCAGUGCCGAAGUCCUAAACUCCCACAAGGUUGACAGAACGUUCACGAUUGCCCUAUACAAAGCCUUUGAGGCUUUCGAAGCCCUCUGCGUAGAAGAUGUUCAGAAUGCGAACCAGGAGUGGCCAUGUGGGGCCCAAACAUGCGACGCCCUUGAGGAAAUUGUCUUCGCCAACGACUUUUCGAUUCGGGACAUUCGAAAGCUAGACCAUGAGGGGUCUGACUACGACUCCAGCAACGUUAUCUCUGAAUUCCGAAAGCGCGGUCAAAAAGGACGCAGCAUAAGAAACAAAAACAAGAGGAAAAAGAAGGCGGAGAUUGCGGAGCAAGGGGCCGCGGCUCUGGGAAAAGUGCCCUUGAAGGAGUAUCGAUUUCUCAGAACCGACGAAGAACUGACAACGGAGUAUACCAUGGCGGUCCGCUCGUACUUCCUGGAUUGUGCCAGCCUGCGUGACUACCUCCAGGGCAUAUGGCAUGAGGUCGCAUAUGACGGCCUCAACAGCGUUGUCGCCGGCGCUUUGGUUCAACUGGCCUUUGGGGUCGUAAAACAAACCGAGUCAGAUGUCUUCGCUGACUUCCCAGGCCAGGUUUCUUACGAAGCUCUCGAGAGAAUCAUCACACGGGGUAACGCCCAGAAGGCCGAGAAGGAGUUCAGCGCGGCCAGGCACGCCCUGGUACCGGACGAUCAGAGCCAAGGGAGUGCCGAGGCCUUUGUCGACCUAAAGGAGUACAUGCUUUCCGAUGCCUACCGGAACCUUGUCGAUUUCAUAGUCGAUUACCAGAAGAACCGGAACGGAUUCCCAACCAUGAAAAUGCUCAUGCAUACCACGCCAUGGGAACCCGGCUUUGACUUGCAGCAAGCGACCAAAGAAGAGAGGCUGGAGUGGCGUCGAGUGUACACGAUCAAUUGGCUCUUUGACCUGGUAAACCACUACUCAAGCCCGAUCCUCGAGCAGCCUCCCGGCGGACAAAACCUCGAGGACAUUGACUGGUCCACCAGAAAUGAGUGUCUUGCCCCAAAAGCGAUUUCUGGUUUACAGGACUUCGGAGCAGUCAUUACCUCGCUUGCAAUGCAAAAGCCUGGAACACAAGUUGCGGACCGCAUCUCGCCUUUCGACGUCUUCGUCCUACAAUGCGUCGUCGACGCUUUCACCGUCUCUCGUGGCUGGUCUGUUGACACGUUGAAAGGGCAUGUGAUUGUUGCCCCGCCGCAGAGUUUUGACCCAACAAGAGAAAUCAAGAUGUUCUUGCGCGGCAAAAACGAGAGAGGCGACUCCGGCUGUUUAAAUUCUCUUGAUAGGCUGGUGGGUAUAUUCGAAGCCAGCGAAGAAUUCCCCAAAGAACCCGAACACCGUCAAGGUUGGCUUCGCGCCAUCAGAGUGUUCUAUAACAGUUUAUUGUUGCUCGGCGACUCAAACCGAGUGCGUACAUGCCACUCGUUUCCGAGUUCGAACUUCUCUGCGACCCAUGUCAACGGCUUGUGGAAACUUUCUCCUCUUCUAUGUGCCGUAAGUCUGAAGGACAAUGUCGAACUAGCAUAUCGCUACUCCAUGGCCUUGUGGGACGCUCUGGCCAGCAUCACAUCCAUGGUCCAUCUUUACAACAUGCUUGUGGAAAAAGGAUACAUGACCAUGCCAAAUCAGCUUCACCAAAGCCUACGGAGCACGUUUCGAGACAGCUUCUUCCUUAACGGCGAAGUGCCAACGUACGACUUUGCCCCAGUCUUGUCAAAGCGGCUCCAUGAUAGAUGGGACCCAAGAUUGCAGGCGCUGAAACAGUCUCAAUGUGAUGAUGCUUACAAAGUGGGUGGGUCUCAUAACGCUCUGCAUCUCAAUCUGCUGUUAGCGUUCAGAAAAAGGGCGAACCUGCUGGUUUACGGAGAAGUGGGAUGGGAUAUCGAAAGGAUUCCGGACGACCUUAUUGAACCGCAAUCAUCACUGGCGAUGCUACGCAUCUCCCAGACCAAGCGAGUCGUCGACCCCCAGACAGGCAAGAAAACCUUUGAUGACACGGACCUGAUCCGCCGCGCCAGAGGGGAAUUAAAGGUAGACGAUGACGAGCUCUUCGCCAUAGCGAAUGCGCAUGUGAUGGGCGGACCGGACAGUCAGUCUGACUCCCAGCUAACGGGGGAACAACGAUUGAGGCUUGUGAAAAGGGACAUAUACAACGACGUGUGCGGAGACUCACCCUUAUCGGGCAUCGACUAG